AUGUCGGGCUACCAACAACAAGCAGGCCAUUAUGACGAGGGCUACGGCCAUCCGGCUGGUCAAGGUGACUCCUACUAUCAGGAUGAGCAUGCCGGCCAGGGUUACUACGACCACCAAGAUUACGGCGAUGGCUACUAUGACCGAGGAGCCUCGGGCGCCUACGCACAGGAAGGUGGUCACCCACAACAGCAACAACAACAUCAGCAGGGAUAUGCUGAAGGAGGAUACUACGAGUCCGGCGGUCAGCAGGAUGAAUACUACGCUGAUCAGUACUACGAUGCCGGUCAGGCUGGAUAUGGCCGUGGUCGACGUGGCCAUGACUCCGAAGAGGAUUCAGAGACCUUCAGUGAUUUCACCAUGAGAUCGGAGACCGCUCGUGCUGCUGAUAUGGACUACUAUGGUCGCGGGGACGAGCGAUACAACAGCUAUACAGACAGCCAGUACGGUCGUGGUGGUUACGGCUACCGCCCUCCAUCAUCGCAGAUCUCCUAUGGUGGAAAUCGGUCAUCAGGUGCCUCUACCCCCGUCUACGGCAUGGAAUAUGGAAACGCACUGCCGGCUGGCCAGCGUUCGCGGGAACCCUACCCUGCCUGGACUUCGGAUGCCCAAAUUCCGUUGUCCAAGGAGGAGCUGGAGGACAUCUUCUUGGACCUGGUCAACAAGUUCGGUUUCCAGCGCGACAGCAUGCGUAACAUGUACGACCACAUGAUGACGCUUCUUGACUCUCGUGCUUCUCGUAUGACCCCCAACCAGGCUCUUCUCUCCCUGCACGCCGACUACAUCGGCGGCCACAACGCCAAUUACCGCCGUUGGUACUUUGCAGCCCAUCUGGACUUGGACGAUGCGGUUGGCUUUGCCAACAUGAAGCUGGGCAAAGCUGACCGGAAGACUCGCAAAGCCCGCAAGGCUGCCCAGAAGGCUGCAAAGCAGAACCCCGAGAACGAGGAAGAGACGCUUGAGGCUUUGGAAGGUGACAACAGCCUGGAGGCUGCUGAAUACCGCUGGAAGUCUCGCAUGAAUCGGAUGUCCCAGCAUGAUCGCGCCCGCCAGAUUGCCCUGUAUCUGCUCAUUUGGGGGGAGGCCAACCAGGUUCGUUUCUUGCCUGAGUGUCUUUGCUUCAUCUUCAAGUGUGCGGACGACUACUAUUCGUCGCCGGAGUGCCAGGCCCGUGUGGAACCCGUUGAGGAGUUCACCUACCUGAACGAGAUCAUCACCCCUCUGUACCAGUACUGCCGUGACCAGGGUUACGAGAUUUUUGAAGGCAAGUACGUUCGUCGUGAGCAUGAUCACAAUAAGAUCAUUGGUUACGAUGAUAUGAACCAGCUUUUCUGGUAUCCCGAGGGUAUCGAGCGGAUCGGGUUCGAGGACAAGACCCGCCUGGUCGAUAUUCCUCCUGCCCAGCGUUGGCCUAAGCUGAAGGACGUCCUUUGGAAGAAGGCCUUCUUCAAAACCUACAAGGAGACUCGAUCCUGGUUCCACCUGAUCACCAACUUCAACCGUAUCUGGGUCAUUCAUCUGUGUUCUUUCUGGUUUUUCACUGCCUACAACGCCCCCACCCUGUACACCGUCGAUUACCAACAGCAAUGGGAUAACAAGCCGUCGACUGCCAAGUACCUGGCUGCCGUUGGUUUCGGUGGUGCGCUCGCUGCUUUCAUCCAGCUCUGCGCUACUAUUUGCGAGUGGAUGUAUGUUCCUCGUCGUUGGGCUGGUGCUCAGCACUUGCGUAAGCGAUUCUUCUUCAUCCUCGGCAUGCUCAUCAUCAAUCUGGCUCCCGGUGUGGUUAUCUUCGGCUUCCUCGACAUGCUACCCACUGGCAUCCAGAAGCCUGUCGGCCUUGCUCUGGGUAUUGUCCACUUCGUCCUCGCCCUGUUGACUGCAAUUUUCUUCGCUAUCCAACCCCUUGGUGCGCUAUUCGGCAGCUACUUGAAGAAGAAUGGCCGGCAGUACGUUGCUAGCCAGACUUUUACCGCCAGCUUCCCCCGUCUCCACGGCAAUGACAUGUGGAUGUCUUACGGCCUUUGGGUUUGCGUUUUUGGCGCUAAGCUUGCUGAGUCUUACUUCUUCCUGACUCUGUCGUUCAAGGAUCCCAUCCGUAUUCUGUCACCCAUGACCAUUUAUGAGUGCACUGGUGUCAAAUAUAUCGGCAACGUUCUGUGCCACAAGCAGCCUCAAAUUCUUCUGGGUCUGAUGUUCUUCAUGGAUCUGACUCUGUUCUUCCUCGACAGUUACUUGUGGUACAUUAUUUGCAACACCAUCUUCUCGGUAGCUCGCUCGUUCUACCUCGGUGUCUCUAUCUGGUCCCCCUGGCGCAACAUCUUCUCACGCCUGCCUAAGCGUAUCUACUCGAAGGUUCUGGCCACUACCGAUAUGGAGAUCAAGUACAAGCCCAAGGUUCUCAUCUCCCAAGUGUGGAAUGCCAUCAUCAUCUCGAUGUAUCGUGAGCAUUUGUUGGCUAUCGACCACGUGCAGAAGCUCCUCUACCACCAGGUUCCCUCCGAGCAAGAGGGCAAACGUACUCUCCGUGCCCCCACUUUCUUCGUCUCCCAAGAAGAUCAAUCCUUCAAGACCGAGUUCUUCCCUGCUGGUAGCGAAGCUGAGCGUCGCAUUUCCUUCUUUGCUCAGUCUCUGUCGACCCCUAUGCCCGAGCCUCUGCCUGUGGACAACAUGCCUACCUUCAGUGUUCUGAUUCCUCACUACGGCGAGAAGAUUCUUCUGUCUCUGCGUGAAAUCAUUCGUGAGGAUGAGCCUUAUUCUCGCGUUACCGUCCUGGAGUAUCUCAAGCAGCUCCACCCUCAUGAAUGGGACUGCUUCGUCAAGGACACCAAGAUUCUGGCCGAUGAGACCUCCCAGUUUAAUGGUGAAUAUGGUGAGAAGGGCGAAAAGGAUGUUGCUAAGAGCAAGAUUGACGACCUGCCUUUCUACUGCAUUGGUUUCAAAUCUGCCGCUCCCGAAUACACCCUCCGAACCCGUAUUUGGGCCUCGCUUCGCUCUCAGACCCUGUACAGAACUGUCUCCGGUUUCAUGAACUACAGCCGCGCCAUCAAGCUCCUGUAUCGCGUCGAGAAUCCCGAGGUUGUCCAGAUGUUUGGUGGUAACUCCGAGAAGCUUGAGCGUGAGCUUGAGCGCAUGGCUCGCCGCAAGUUCCGUAUAUGUGUUUCCAUGCAGCGUUACGCCAAGUUCAACAAGGAUGAGCGCGAGAACACCGAAUUCCUCCUCCGUGCCUACCCCGAUCUGCAAAUCGCCUACCUUGAUGAGGAGCCUCCUGUCAACGAGGGCGAGGAUCCCCGCCUGUACUCUGCCCUGAUCGACGGCCACUGUGAACUGCUCGAGAACGGCAUGCGCAAGCCCAAGUUCCGCAUCCAGCUCUCCGGCAACCCCAUUCUUGGUGACGGAAAGUCCGACAAUCAAAACCACGCCAUUAUCUUCUACCGCGGUGAAUACAUCCAACUGAUCGAUGCCAACCAAGACAACUACCUGGAAGAGUGCUUGAAAAUUCGCUCCGUUCUUGCGGAGUUCGAGGAGCUGACCACCGACAACGUGUCACCCUACACCCCUGGGGUUGCAUCUCCUGAGACCAGCCCCGUUGCCAUUCUCGGUGCCCGUGAAUACAUUUUCUCCGAGAGCAUCGGUGUUCUUGGUGACGUCGCUGCUUCCAAGGAACAAACGUUCGGUACCCUGUUUGCCCGUACUCUCGCCCAGAUCGGUGGUAAGCUGCAUUAUGGUCACCCUGAUUUCCUGAACGCAACCUUCAUGUGUACCCGAGGUGGUGUCUCCAAGGCUCAAAAGGGUCUCCACCUGAACGAAGAUAUUUACGCCGGUAUGAAUGCCCUCCUUCGUGGUGGUCGUAUCAAGCACUGCGAGUACUACCAGUGUGGUAAGGGUCGUGACUUGGGUUUCGGCUCCAUUUUGAACUUCACAACCAAGAUUGGUACUGGUAUGGGUGAGCAGAUGCUCUCGCGUGAAUACUAUUACCUCGGUACCCAACUUCCUCUCGACCGCUUCUUGUCAUUCUACUACGCUCACCCUGGUUUCCACAUCAACAACAUGUUCAUUAUGCUGUCGGUGCAAAUGUUCAUGAUUGUCCUGAUCAACCUUGGUGCCCUGAAGCACGAGACCAUCACCUGCCGUUACAACUCUGAUCUGCCCAUCACUGAUCCCCUGGAGCCGACUUACUGCGCCGAUCUAGCCCCCAUCAUCAACUGGGUCAACCGUUGCGUCAUUUCUAUCUUCAUCGUGUUCUUCAUCUCGUUCGUUCCCCUGGCCGUCCAGGAACUGACUGAGCGUGGUGUCUGGCGCAUGGCUACUCGUCUGGCAAAGCACUUCGGUUCCUUCUCGUUCAUGUUCGAGGUGUUCGUGUGUCAGAUUUACGCGCAGGCAGUCCACCAGAACUUGUCAUUCGGUGGUGCCCGUUACAUCGGUACUGGUCGUGGUUUCGCAACUGCCCGUAUUCCUUUCGGUGUUCUGUACUCUCGUUUCGCUGGCCCUUCAAUCUACGCCGGUGCCCGUCUCCUGUUGAUGCUGCUCUUUGCCACCACCACUGUUUGGACUCCGGCUUUGAUCUGGUUCUGGGUCUCCCUGCUCGCACUCAUCAUCUCGCCCUUCCUGUUCAACCCCCACCAGUUCUCUUGGAACGACUUCUUCAUUGACUACCGUGACUAUCUCCGCUGGCUCUCGCGUGGUAACUCUCGUUCUCACGCGUCGUCUUGGAUCGGGUUCUGCCGUCUGUCUCGUACCCGCAUCACUGGUUACAAGAAGAAGCUCCUUGGAGUUCCCUCUGAGAAGGGCUCUGGCGACAUUCCUCGUGCGCACAUCACCAACAUCUUCUUCAGUGAGAUCGUCGCCCCCCUGGUCGUGGUCGCAGUCACUUUCGUCCCCUACCUGUACAUCAACUCGCGCACAAUGUUCAGUGAUGACACCCAGUACGCUCCCGAUGCCAUUGCCCGAAUUGCCAUCGUUGCAUUUGCCCCGAUUGGUAUCAACGCCGGCGUGGCUGGUAUGUUCUUCGGCAUGGCAUGCUGCAUGGGUCCCCUUUUCAGCAUUUGUUGUAAGAAGUUCGGUGCUGUCCUCGCCGCGAUUGCCCAUGCCAUCGCCGUCAUCGUCUUGAUUAUCUUCUUCGAGGUCCUGUUUGUUCUUGAAUCCUUCAACUGGCCCCGUACUGUCUCCGGCAUGAUUGCCAUGAUGGCCCUUCAGCGCUUUAUUUACAAGCUGAUCAUCUCUCUGGCCCUCACCCGCGAGUUCAAGAACGACCAGUCCAAUAUUGCCUGGUGGACCGGCAAGUGGUACAACAUGGGUUGGCACUCGCUGUCCCAGCCUGGCCGCGAGUUCCUCUGCAAGAUCACCGAAUUGGGUUACUUCGCCGCCGACUUUGUCCUCGGCCAUAUCAUCCUCUUCUUCAUGCUGCCGGCUCUUGCCAUCCCUUACGCGGACAAGUUCCACUCUGUCAUCCUGUUUUGGCUGCGUCCCAGCCGCCAAAUCCGUCCUCCUAUCUACUCUCUCAAGCAGUCCAAGCUGCGCAAGAGACGUGUGAUUCGGUUCGCCAUCCUCUACUUCGUCAUGUUGUUGCUCUUUAUCGUUCUCAUCGCCGCGCCCAUCAUUGUGCGCAACAUGGACCUCGAUGUGAGCCUGCGCAAAACCCUUUACGAUGCCGUUGGUGUCAAGAGCGGAAACAGCAUGUACCUCCUCCAGCCCCUUGACAAGGGUCUCAACGACACCCAGACCUACUAUACCGGUAGCCAUCUCCCCAAGGGUUUCUCGUCCCAUGCUUCCGUUACCCCUACUGCGGGCAACGACAAAUUCCAGCGCUUACUGUGA